GUGGUCUUCCCAGAACUUCCGGGGCAGACAAAACAAUGUCAGUGGAUGUGUACAUAUUCUUUCUGUUCUUCUUCAUCGGCCUAGUAAUCAUCACUCACAUUCUCACGUCGCGCAAUGAGAAAUUGCGACACAACUCGCGAAUCUCGCUUAAUUUGGCAAACAUUCCGGAAGAUGUGAUUGCCGAGGACGCAGAGAUUCCACGGGUUAGAAACCCCAAUUGUUCCUACUGGGAUUGCUUCAAUGUGUACAAGUGUGGCCAGAAGGCCAGUGACAAUGAUUUCUCCAUCUAUGUGUAUCCGCUGAAGAGCUACACAAACUCAGAUGGUCAGGGUGCCUUCCGGCAAACCAAGGAGUUCUAUUACAUUCUCAAGGCCAUCAGCGAGAGUCCCUAUUACACGCCCAAUCCCAACAAGGCGUGCCUCUUCGUGCCCAGCAUCGAUACCUUGAAUCAGAAUAAUGUAGACACGAGUCUGGUGGCGAAGGCUCUGGCUUCUCUCCCUUACUGGGAGAAUGGCGAGAAUCACAUCCUCUUCAAUAUGAUUCCAGGAACAGCUCCGGAGUACAAUACUGUCUUGGAUGUGAACACCGACAGAGCGUUGAUCGCUGGUGCAGGAUUCGACACGUGGACUUACAGGAGUGGCUUCGACCUUUCCAUUCCGUUCUUCAGUCCCAACCAGGUGAAAAUGACCCAGAUCGAGGCGUCUGAGCCAAGGAAGUUCCUCCUCAUCUCCUCCCAACUCAAUAUGUACACUCAGCACUCGCUGCUCCUCCAGGAGAUCUCCUUCAACCAUCCCGACGUGCUGACGCUACAGAAAUGCCCUCAGAGCACUGCAGAAUCCGACACGAAGACAAGUGCUGACGCGAAAGAGGCUGUGGAUGUGAGAUGCAGCAUUCCACAUGGAAAUGAGUAUCGCUAUCCUUACAUUCUCACCAAAGGAACUUUCUGCCUCAUCAUUCGGGGACUUCGAUUGGCACAGCCAAAUCUCAUGGAGGCUCUCGCCAGCAACUGCAUCCCCGUGAUUGUGGCCAAUAACAUCGUCCUGCCGUUCGACGACGUGAUCGACUGGAGUUUGGCGUCAAUCUCCGUCAGAGAAAUUGAUCUGCAUUCAAUCUAUUCAGUGCUGAAGAGCGUGAGUGCGGACAAAGUGGCUGAGCUGCAGAGACAAGGAUACUGGCUGUACAGGAAGUACUUCAGCAGCAUCCGAAAGAUUGUCCACACAUCCUUGGACAUCCUCAAUGAUCGUGUCUUUCCGCACCUCGCGAGGACAUAUCUGCACUGGAAUGUGCCGAUGUACGAGAAAACAUCACGCAAUCCACUUUUCCUGCCUCUCAUUGCGCCCAAGUCGCAGGGAUUCACUGCUGUAAUUCUCACAUAUGACAGGAUAGACUCCUUGUUCACGCUGGUGCAGAAAUUGGCGGUGGUUCCGGCGCUCCAGAAAAUUCUCAUCAUAUGGAAUAACCAGAAGAAACCCCCGCCGCAUCCAACAAUGUUCCCCAAGAUCACAAAACCUCUGAAACUCAUCCAGACGAAGGCCAAUAAGCUCUCCAAUCGAUUCUAUCCGUAUGAGGAGAUUGAGACAGAGGCUAUUUUAACAAUUGACGAUGAUAUCCUAAUGCUGACGAUAGAUGAAUUGCAAUUUGGAUAUGAGGUGUGGAGAGAGUUCCCGGACAGAAUUGUUGGCUUUCCGAGUAGAACACACGUUUGGGAUAACGCAACUGGUCGCUGGAAGUACGAGUCAGAGUGGACAAAUGAGAUUUCAAUGGUGCUCACGGGCGCGGCUUUUCACCACAAGUAUUGGAGCUACAUGUACACAAAUGCAAUGCCAGGAGACAUCAAAGAGUGGGUGGACGAUCACAUGAACUGCGAAGACAUCGCCAUGAACUUCCUCGUGGCCAACAUUACGCGAAAGCCACCGAUAAAAGUCACUCCCAGGAAGAAGUUCAAGUGUCCCGAGUGCACAAACACCGAAAUGCUGUCGGCGGACAUCAAUCACAUGCUGGAGCGAUCGGCGUGCAUUGAUCGAUUUGCCAACAUUUACGGCACAAUGCCGCUGAAGACGGUGGAGUGGCGAGCUGAUCCUGUCCUGUUCAGGGACAAUUUCCCCGAGAAGCUGAAGCGCUUCAACGACAUUGGCAGCUUGUGAAGACACUGGG